CUUCACGUUACGUUUGUGAGUUGUUAGAGGAUAACGUCAUACUCGCAAUCAAUCUGACGACUCCUAGUACAAAUACCUUCCAGCCGAGUCGAACCCGCUGUGAAUAUCGUGUGCUCCUGACGAAAAAGCGAAACCAUGAUUUCGCUGCUCGUUACAGCGCUAGCAGCUGCGGCUGUGAUGGCGGCUCGAUCGCCGAUGGAUCUAGGUGGGCCUCGACACCCUCGCAAGUUCCCCGAUAAGUCGGCGAUGUCCUUUAUGAUGUUAUCACCGUACUCGACAAACUUGGUGUACUACAAUGCAAUUUGGGGCGGAUUUAACAGUUCAGCUAAUAUUCUUCAAGUCGACCAUACGGUAAAAGUGGCGACGGACAGCGAUGCAUCCACGUACAUCAAAUUGAUCGAUGCCAACGUGGGCUCGUCGGCUUCGACUUCGCCCACUGGUUUUACCAUGACAAUACAAGACGCUACGGCAUAUGUUGAUGUCCUGAACGACGCCAUGUACAACAAUGGGCCGGUGUUCGUAAGCGCGGGCGGCGGGUCGACGGUGUCCCCCAGCCUGGGGGUUCCGACUCACGUUGGAAUGGAUGACUUUCAGUCAGGGUAUGAGGCAGCAUUGAAGAUGGCAAGCCUAGGCUCGCAGUACGGGAUGUGCAUUCUCCACAGUUCCGGAUCCGCCAGCGCCCAGGCUAGGUGUGCCGGGUGGUUCGCAGGGUAUGCAGGAUAUUACGGUCCGAAUGUGAUGUUCUCCUCCAGCUUUAAUGGCUCCGACCCAACGGCCAACCCAUACGCCAUUGUAUUGUCAUCCUCUUCGGCUACGGCUUCCGCCACUCUUUCCAAAAUCCUCACCACCACGCGCACAGACGUUGAUGCCAUCAUCAUCAGCUCUGGGCAACUGAUGAAUAUCGUUCUGACGAGUAUACAGACGGUCCGAAGUACAUUACCCAGCCGAGUCAUCAGGUUCGGGACGUAUGAUUUCGUCGCUGGGGUCGUGCCAUACAUUGCAUCAAAUCAGAUCACGUUCGCUAUUCACCAGCAAGAGGUCUUUUUGGGGUUUCUCUCUGUAGCGUAUAUGUAUACUUUGGCGGCUGUAAAUGAGACGGCUAUCGCUGGCGCGGCGCAAACGGGUCCGAUCUUCGUGACCAAUUCCAACCUCGGGUUUUAUAACGACACUCUAAAUAACCUUAACAAGAUCCUUGCUGCUCCCAAACCUUACCGCAUAUCCGUAAUCCUCCAUGGGAACGACAGAGACGCGGAAAUGCCAAUUGUAUUACGAGGCAUACAAGACGCCGCCACGGCGUGGGGCUACGCGAUCCAGGAGGAGUAUCACACAUUCUCUGCGACAAGUUCCUUCUCAGCUUCAGUGUUCGAUGGAUAUCUUGUUUCAGUGUUCGCUGGAUGUGGAAGCAACCCUGCGGUCAAUAAACCGUGUCCACAGGGUCUGAUCAUAUCGCGACCGACCGAGGGUUUCCUGGCCGCAGCGAAGGUUUAUGCGGACCAGUACAGCAUUGCUGUCGUCGUCGUCGGCCUCCAGAAAGAAGCGGAUCACACGGCUUUGCAUGAUACCGAUCAACGUUUUUUCGAAGUGGGUGCGAACGAUUGGGAACUCGGUUACACCGCAGCCAAAUAUUUGUACGCUACAGGGUCCCGCAACCCGCUCUGCUUUUACCAUGACGGAUUCGUCAGCAGUUACAUGGAUAGGUGUCAGGGAAUGAUCGAUUACUAUGCGGAACAGAAUGCCCCGCUCAACCUACAAACCGCUGUCUUCGUCGACGCGGAAUACGCUGCGAACGCUGACAUUACGUUUACUACGUCCAUCACGCCUGGCGCCAACACGGACGGGAUCCUCCUCGCCUCAUCAGCCACGACGACUAGCUAUCGAUCCUGGUCGAAAAGGAAAGCUUCACCGUCUGCCAAUGCUAACAUCAAGGCAGGAGCGGUCGUGGCCGUAGGGAAAAGUGCCGACGUCGUAGCGGCAUUGAGCUCAGGUGAUAUUGCUAAAGCUUUUGUGACGCAACCAUACGCAACAGGAUUCUACGCCACCUAUCACCUUGCAAUUCAGAUGAACACCGGCAUCACGGGCUUGAAGAGUUGGUACCUCAAGACAGGCCCGUUGGAACGCACCUAUGGCUGCCCACGUGGGUACGUUCUCAUGCCCGACAAGCCACUUUACGGCAAUCAACCAAACAGCAGCUUCUUGGCUUUCGGCGCGUUGUGCUCGGCGUGUCCUCAACACACCUACACGCGAAUGGACGACGACCCGCAUGGGUGUAUCCCGUGUAAUACGGGGUACUAUAACAAUCAUACGGCAAGUUGGGGGUGUGGAAGCGGGGAUGAUGGAUACGGGAAGUUACACUAUCCAGACCAGUGUCCGACAAUUGCCGAGAUGAUCGUCACAAGGUUUACGGCCACCAGCAAAGGAUUGAUGGGAAUAGGGAUCGCAGGCGCUAUCGUUUCUGCUUCAAUGGGUGUGCUCCUCAUUGUAUUCAGAAACGCUCCUCGCAUCAAGAGCGGGGGCGCGUACUUCUCGGCGCUAAUUACGUUUGGAUCAGCGGUUGGGUGUUUGUCUAUUGUAACAUUCGCCGCUGAACCGUCAACGCCAAUGUGCACCACGACCGUUUGGCUGCUAGGCAUGAGCGUUUCCACAGUGUUGAGCAACCUAAUCAUCAAAAACUAUCGAAUCUACAAGAUCUUUUUCAACCGGAGGGCUGCCAGAGUUUCGGAAGGCAAUUUCAAGGUGUUCAUGCAGGCGGCUGGUCUUACGUCAGUUACGAUGUUGAUACUGAUCGUAUGGACCAUCGUCAGCGCCCCAACAGCAAUGCUUGUCUCAGCCGGAAGCAACAAUUACUACGUCUGUUCAUCCUCCUCGCCGGGCCAAGGGAUCUUCAGUGGUCUGCUCUUCGGGUGGAAUGGGAUUCUGAUUGUCUCCGGUCUCGCAGUUGCGUAUCUAACGCGCAACAUUUCAAGCGUGUUUUCCGAGUCCAAAAACAUCGCCCUUGGUAUCUACAAUAUUCUCGUCAUGUCGCUCAUUGCCGUAGGUGCUGGCUAUCUCGCUGGGGAUGCCGUUAACUUCAAUUUCAAGCUUGUUCUCGUGUCCAUCUGCAUCUUGGUUGGGUCGCUGGCGGCGCCAGGCUUGUUAUUCGGGAAGCGGAUAUAUGAGACUAUUAUGGCGAAAGCUGACAACAUGCCCGAUGAAGAGUCAAGCUCUGGCGAUGGGGGAGGCAUGAAGUCGAUGAUUGGCGCUGCGGGUUCGAGGAAGAAAAGCGUCGCGGGGGCAGUUUUGGAGUUUGAGAAAGCGACUGUGCUUGAGCUACCGGACUGCUCAGUCCUGCAGAGCGGAUUGGUUGCGGCUUGGGCCAAGAAGACGGCUUACUUUGUCACAAUCGGCACUCGGUCAAUGGCUUGGCUGGUGGAUACAAACAUGGGCAAUGCGAGCGGAGCUGCGGAUGUAAGGGGUAACGACCUCGAAAGGUUAGGUGACAUUAAUCGCUAAUGGGAACCCGUCAUCUUCAGGCGGCAAAGUCGAUCAAUAUAGAUCUCGCGAACUACACAGCAAAAGCCGAUGCCGAGGUUGGCACGGUGAUGUUUACUCACAAGACCAAGAAAAACAAGCGAGCGUCGGACUACAGCUUCACUCUCCAGAUGGAAGAUCAGCAGUUCCUCAAAGUUUCCGCAAAAUAUUGUGGAGGUGGAGGCUUUCAUCGGGAAAGCCAGGUGAGGCAGCAAAGCCCGAUAAACACCGGCGGUGGUACGCGCAGAGGCGGGGCCAUAUCCAGUGCUGUGAUGGGAAUGUAAAGAUUGUCCAAUAUGAUUUCAACUUUCGUUUUUGUCGGGUGUUUGCUGUCACUCUGAUGGGAUCAAUCCGGACGAACUGUCGAGUCGAGGGGAACCGCGGCUCGUCCUAUACGG